AUGUCUAACGUGUUCGGUUUAAUUGUAUCAGGGCGACUGGUCCAAACUGAUUUUACGCCGCUAACGGAAUCUACGUUUAUAAUAACUAUCCCCGAUACGGACUCGAUCAACCAUGCGGCCGUUUUUUUGACCGGGGUGACGCCACUGCCAGCUGGCACUGUUGGUAUGGUAUAUUGGAGCUGGCCAGAUCCCGCAGCACCACCUAACUGGCAGCUCUUGGGACAUAUUUCCAAUGCAAAACCAUCAGCUAUAUUCAAGAUCUCUAAUCUUAAAAAGUUACAUGAAUUAUCUACGGAGAAUAAAGUAGGUGGUGCAUUUGGUCAACAACAAAUCUGUAAUUAUGCACAGAUUGGCAUCUCCGUUGAACCUGAGGCUAAUGUUGAGAUACUUGCUUCUGCUGUUGCGGAAGAAACAAACCAGUAUGUGACAUUUGCUCAAAAGAUGUUGGAGAACUUAGUUAAUUUCGUGGCAUCUUUCUCUGUAACGCAAGACCAAAUGACGCCCACACCUGGAGUGUCGUACAUCCCUUUAAACACUCUACACACAUGGUACCAGAACUUUGAGCGGAGGUUACAACAAAACCCUAAUUUCUGGAAGAACUAA